AUGUCGAACUACAUUUACAACUACCCCGGUUCAUCUGAGUCCUCCGCUGCACAGGGGCCUGUGGCCCAUGUUCUCGAAGAGACUUUUCAGUGCAUGUGGGGUUAUAUGAACGGGUUGCAUUGCGACGAGUUGAUUAUUGGCAACUCUCUCUCUACCCACCUACGCAAUUUUCACGGAGUUUGUGGUGCCGCCAAGUUGAAGCUUGUGUGCAAUUGGAUGCAUUGUGGUAGGGAGCUCGAUAAAGAGAGUCUCUCGAGGCACAUUGAAGAGAUUCAUAUGGGGAUCGUAUACUUCUGCGAAUGUGGCAAGAGGUUCUCACGCCGGUGUACUCUCAACAACACCGGCAAACUUGCCCGGCUCAGAACUGACAUGGGUAGACGCUGGAGUAUGCCAACUCAUUAUAAAACGGGAUUUAGAACUGACUGGAAUAGUAUAUGUCAAGUGAAUCUAGGCGAGAGCGGGAUCGAACAAGCUAUCUAUGGUAAAGCAUCUGGUAAACUUCGGGUACUCACAUCUCAGUCUCUAGACAGAACUGAGAUGUGCGAGCCGACGUCAAAGCGUCACUCGCCCGCCACUCUCUAUAUUGCGCUCGGACCUUAUCUCGGACCCUUCGGCCUCUUCCUCAACGGAUCGCUUGGACUUCAGCGAUGGAGCCCCGUGCUCAGCCCCAUCAUCAGAUCCCCAAAUGCACUGAUGUAG